AUGUGGUUAAUAAUAUCAUCCUCAUUUUCAAGUCAUACUUGUCCCAUACAUACCAAAUCAGAACCGGAAGCGUGUUUCUUCUUCAUCAAUAAUAUCAUCCUCAUUUUCAAGUCAUACUUGUAUAUAUAGUACUCUUCAUUCAAGCGUUUCACUACAUCCAACAAAGUGUUCGUUCUCCCAAAUCAUCAAUCCAAAAUUAAGGCAAAUAUCCCCAUGUAAAUAAUGACACCUUUAAAGGAAUGAAGAUGUUCCAAAUCACCUCGUGUUGCUCCAACUCGCACACUUGAUUCUCUUUAGAUAACAAAUGAUAAGCUUCUUUAACCGAAUAACCUUCGUAGGGAUCAAGUUGUCAUUUCCAAGAAUCAAUAAUACUCACCUGCAAAAUUAUUUACCAGAGUAGCACAACAUUCCACAACUACUAGAUAUAUCCUCCUCCCAAGCAAACAACCGCCUUCGCCACCUCCAACCCCCACCUUCGACCCCCAAACCCUGCCAAUACAUCUCAGCUAUAGAGAUAUUUUUAUGUAACGACAAAUUAAAAAGUAAAGCUAUCACCUAAAGGAGCGUCCCCAACCACCUAUCCUUCCAAAAUAACGUAUUUUCCACAUUUUCCACUACCCUCUUUACAUUCUCCUCAAACCACCUUCAUACGCUCAAACCAACACCAUCUCUAACAUCCGCUAAAGCCCUUCUCCCCCCUCCUUUGAUUUUUCCAUCUUCCAACCUGGCUAUACUUCGCCACUAAAACCUUAUACUACAAGCUGGUCUCUUGAUUAACAUAUAUCCUCCAACACCAUUUACAUCCAACAAUGCAUAAUUAAACUCCCUAAUCUUACACAACUCUAACCCUCCUUUGUGGUGAACAAAUUUUAUGCUAAUCCAAUUAAUUUUUCUAGAAUCCUCACUCCCCCUCCCAUAAAUUUUUUUAAAAUAAGAGAUUAAAGGGAAAAAAUUAUACUUGUUGGAGCCUUGAAGAAGGAAAGAAAGUACACCGGAAUCGAAGACAAGACAUAUUUUAGCAUGACAAGGCGACCACCCAUCCAUAAAAAUCUACUCUUCCAAGUAGAAAGCUUUUUACGAAUACGAUCAACCAGCGGAAACCACAAAUCCAAACAACAAGGAUUACCUCCAAUUGGAAUGUUCAUUAUGCGAGAUGUAUUAUUGUGCAAGAUUAAAUAAUUUUGAGAACGGUUGAUUUAGACAUGUCACCUCAAUAUUUGAUGUCUUUAAUGAGUUUUCAUAGAAUUUCAUUACUUUUAAUCAUUCAAUAUCAUCAUAUUAAAAUCGAAGUAUGUCACAUCAUUUACAAUAUAUUAAAUCAUCAUUUCUAAAUACCAAAAUCUAAUUGAGGUUCAAAACUGAGCGAUUUUAAAAUUCGGGAACCACUUUCGUGAGCGGGUGAAAAUAGAAGGAUUAAAACCAUAAUUAAGUCUGUAGUUUAUGAGAAAAGGAAAGAUAUAUAGUCAAUUUGAAAUCAUUUUAUUUUUUGACAAUUUGAAAUGUUAUCAGCCUAAAAAAGAGGAUUCAUCACUUGAAGGAAAAAUGUUCAAGAACUUUGGAACCUCAAUAUUGGUGCCUUCUGUCCAAGAGCUAGCAAAGCAGCCAAUCAUAGAAGUUCCAGAAAGAUAUCUUCAACCAAAUCAAGACCCUGUUGUUGUGUCAAAUACAACUUCUUUACAACAAGUUCCAGUCAUUGAUCUUAGUAAAUUGUUAUCUGAAGAUGCAACUGAGCUAGAGAAGUUUGAUCAUGCAUGUAAAGAAUGGGGGUUCUUCCAGCUGAUUAAUCAUGGAGUCGACCCUACAUUGGUGGAAAAUAUUAAAAUAGGGGUUGGAGAGUUCUUAACUCUUCCAGCAGAAGAGAAGAAGAAACUUUUGCAAACGUCGGAUGAUAUGGAGGGUUUUGGUCAAUUGUUUGUUACAUCUGAGAAUCAAAAGUUAGAAUGGGCAGAUUUAUUCUACACUACAACUCUUCCGUCUCAUGGAAGGAAUCCCCGCUUAUUUCCAAAUAUUCCACAACCAUUCAGAGAUAAUUUGGAUACAUAUUGUUUAGAAAUGAAAAAAGUUUGCAUCACAAUCAUCAAACAUAUGGAAAAAGCUCUUAAAGUUGAACCAAAUGAAAUGCUAAAAGUACUUGAUGAUAUGGUUCAAUCAAUGAGGAUGAAUUACUACCCUCCAUGUCCCCAACCAGAAAAUGUCAUUGGACUGAAUCCUCAUUCUGAUUCUGGUGUCUUAACCAUCCUUCUCCAAGCCAAUGAUAUUGAAGGUCUCCAAAUAAGAAAAGAUGGACAAUGGAUUUCUAUUAAACCACUCACCAAUACUUUUGUCGUAAAUAUUGGAGAUGUGUUGGAGAUAAUUACCAAUGGAAUUUAUCGGAGUAUUGAACAUCGAGCUAUCGUGAACUCAAAGAAAGAGAGAAUUUCAGUUGCUUCAUUUCAAAAUGCUAAUAUGAGCAAAGUUAUAGGUCCAACACCAGGACUUGUUACUGAUGAAAGGCCUGCAUUGUUCAAAACAAUUACUGUAGAAGAAUACUUCAAAGUAUUCUUUUCAAAUGAGCUAAAAGGGAAAUCAUGCCUUGAUGUUAUGAGAAUCCAAAAUUAGAAUAGUAAGUGAUAAAAAUAUAUAGUAUAGGACUAUUUGGACUAAAAAUAAAUGUUGUUCUCUGAAAACAGUUAUACCAUAUGUGGUAGCAUAGAAACAAUAAUUCAAUAAUGUGGAUCUGUAAACAUAAAUAUCAUAUGGGAAUUUAAAAUUAUAUUCUCAAACUAUAAAUAAAUACUUCAAUUCACAACA